UGCACAUGACAACAGAAAGCUUCGCAAACUCCACCCUCACCUCCCCCCACCCCCCCAGCGAAGAAACGCAGUUAGACGUUUUGACAGUAUUUUGCGGACACAUCGGGGGGGGGGGGAAAUAUAGUAAGAAAAGACACCCAGAGAUUCGCUUCCUUUAGUCUUCUUUUCGGGUGGAAGAGGAUGUUUUGUAAGACCCCCUAAGUGUCGCUGGCGUCGAGGAAACCGGACCGGGGGUCGGCAAGGAGGAGAAAAGUUUUACUCUUCAUUCGCGCGACAACUUUUCUAGAUAAUUAGCCCCGUUUUUCGUGGACGGGCACGGACACAUGCUCGUGCGCUGUUUGCGUGUGCGUGUUUGGCAUCUUUCCCUCUCUAUCGCACAUACACACACAGGCGCGUGCGCGUUGGCUUUCGUGCACGGGAGUCCGUCUCGGUGUUAAAGAGCCGCGUUAGCCCCGGUUUCUAACCCGCACCGUCAGGACGAGCGGUAAUGCAAUAAGAGAAGUGUUGGAGAAGCGGGGAACGCGAUGUGUGAGUUGCUCAGUCCAUCCCUGUGCUUCUGAAUGAAGGUGAAGGAAACACUGAGAGCCAUUCUCCAGACCUCCAUGCCACUCUAGAGGAGAUUGUUAGAUGACUACCCAGCCCUUGAAGCCCCUGGCCUGGCCGUGGGGAUGGCAGCCUCUGCCCUGAAUCUCAAUUGCCCGGUAGUCAUGAACAGCAGUAAUAAAUAUCAGCCGAAUCCCUCUGGGACUGCUUCCAGUACUAGAUCCAGCCCAGGGGGCCGACCGGUGCUUCCAGUCCCAGACCGGAGCACCUACUGCCAGCUACUGGGUGGGGGAGCCCUGGGUGGAGAUGAAGGCAUCUAUAGUCCAACGAGCCCCAAGACCAGCCCCGGUUAUGGAGCCCCGGGCCAAACCUUUGUCUUCCCCACCUCUCCCUCGCUCAGCCCCAGCCCACGCUCCCGGUCCCCCUCCCCACGACACCCUGAGCACCUGGGAGUUAAUGUGAGCCAGCAUGUCAGACGGCUGAGCUGUCCCGAGGCGGGGGAGAGGGGAGUCGGGGAGGAGGAGAAGGGAGGAGAGACUGGAGGAGGAGGAGAGAAGAGAGAGGAGAAGAGACGCCAGGCACAGCUGCUGCAAAUCCACCGAGAGUUGCAGAAUGUGGAGGUUAGGGAGAAAGUGGGCAUGUUUGAAGCCCACAUUUCAGGGAUUCGAGCCCAGGUGCUCGGCACUGAGUUGCAACGCAGUCCACGGUCUCCACGACGACAGACUGGACACACCCCCUCUCAACCCUGCCAGCCAAUCACAAUCUCUGAUAGCUCGACGCUCCGCCCCCGAGAAAGAAAAGACUGCUCCAUGCUUCAAAACGGGAGAGAGAGGGAGGAAGAGAUAAAGGAAGGAGAGAGUAGAGAAGGAAUAGCAGAAAGGAAGGUGGACAAGAGCGAAGAAAAUGCCGGUGGAACAAGUGUAGAGGACAAGGUGGGGCUGGGUCAGAAUAGGAACCAAUCAGAAAUGGGUGUAACACCGGCUGCCUGUUUAGACGGACCACUUGGCAUCCAGUGGUCACUUCAGACAUUAGAACCAGACCAAGGCACAGACAGAGGAACGAGAGAGGGGGGAGGAGAGGUAGAGGAGAGAGACAGCAUCAGACAGGGAGAGAUCAAUGAUGGAGGAAGAGUGAGAGAGGAGAGAGUAAACAAAGUAGAACGAGAGGAAGGCAGGGGAGGAGGAGAGGAAGAGGGAAAUGAGAGACAAGGCCACUCAUGUGCUGACAUGGUGCUCCAGACUGCAGGGGAGGACAGGCCGAAUGUAAACCCAGAGGACAAUGCUUCGGCUCAGGCAGAAAGCUGCAAGAACCCCCCGGGUCUGCUGGACAUCAUUCACCACACCUCCAACCACUGUGUCUCCGUGCCUCCCCCCAUCCCAUCGGUCAUCGUAACUGACCACGGCCUGGAUGUCCCCCUGCAUAGUUCAGAAGGCCCCAGCUCAGAGCAAGAACUGUCCUGCAGCCCCAGCCCCAGUUCCAGCCCUGUUCCUGGGACUAACGCCUCCACUCGCUCCCUCAGAAAGUUGUCCUCCUCUUCCACCUCCUCGACUGGUUUUUCCUCAUCCUGGGAUGAGUCCGAAGAGGAUAUUUCCAGUGAUACAGAGAAAGGGGAGCACCUCCUCAACCCUGCACUCCUCAAUUCCCAACAGAGAGCACACAAGUCAUGGAGGAAGAUUAAGAACAUGGUGCAUUGGUCUCCAUUUGUCAUGUCCUUUAAGAAGAAAUAUCCCUGGAUACAGCUGGCAGGACAUGCAGGGAGCUUCAAGGCCGGCCAUGGGCGUAUAUUGAAGAAACACUGUGAAUGCGAGCAGCGUUGUUUGUCCCUCCUGAUGAAAGAUGUGCUGCGCCCGUUCGUCCCCGGUUACCAUGGAGACGUAGAGAAAGACGGACAGAAAUAUAACCAGAUGGAGGAUUUGCUGGCCGACUUCGACUUACCAUGUGUGAUGGACUGUAAAAUGGGAGUGAGGACGUACCUUGAGGAGGAAUUGACAAAGGCUCAGAAGCCCUCUCUAAGGCCUGAUAUGUAUCAGAAUAUCGAGGUGGAUCCCAAGGCACCUACGCCAGACGAACAUGGGCAAGCAGUGACCAAGCCCAGAUACAUGCAGUGGAGGGAGACCAUAAGCUCCACCGCUACCCUGGGAUUUAGGAUAGAAGGAAUCAAGAAGGAGGAUGGCACAGUGAACAGGGAUUUUAAGAAGACGAAGACAAAAGAGCAAGUUACUGACGCCUUCAGCGACUUCGUCAAAGGAAACAACGAUAUACUGAACUCUUAUCUCAACAGGCUGAAAGACAUCAGAGAUACUCUGGAGAUCUCUCCUUUCUUCAAAAGUCAUGAGGUAAGUGAUUGCAGUUCUUUGUUGUUUGUCCAUGAUAAUAAGGGACGGGCUAAAGUAUGGAUGAUUGACUUUGGGAAAACCACCCCACUUCCUGACGGGGACCUGCUCGACCACAGAGCAUCUUGGGUAGUGGGGAACAGGGAGGACGGCUACCUUGCUGGACUUGAUAGUUUGCUAGACAUUAUCACAUCCAUGGUCAACUGUGAGCCUUGAGGUUUGAGGUUUUUAGUCCAAGUGGAUUUUUCGGACAAACACCCAACGCUAUUCAUUUAUUCUGGGGACCUCUUUGGAUCUUUCUUCGUGACUUUGUGGCCGAGGGAGUGGAAGGGAGCGGUCCCCUGGAGCAAAUGUCAAAUCCAUUCAUAUGUCUCUCCAUCUGGCUUAGUCUGGAACAAGCAGUCUAAUUUACACUUGUCUGGUAUAUUCUGAGGCUUGUCUCUUCGUCUUGACAAACCGGGGCCAACAUUCCCAUUUGCAUAUUCCAUCCCCACCCCAACUCCAAAACCUGUUUACUGUGUUGUCCGUGACCUCACAAGGCCAUUCCUGGUGUCGGUGUCCAAACCCUACGGCAUGCUGACAAACUUUAUUUGUAAGAAGUUCCCCAUUCCCAGAAAGUGUUUAUUAUUUAAAGGAUGUUAUCUGCUCCAAGGUCCACUCCCCGUGUCAGCAGACCCUUAAUUCUUAGGUUUUGGGCACAUCAAAGCUCCCAUUCAUUUUCUACAGUUGUUUUUGUUUCCCUUUUUUCCCCUCUGCAUAUCUUCAGACAUCAGUUUCAACAAAUGACUGUUGGAUCACAUUUCGACAGCAGUACUGUUGGACAGAAGCUGUACCGCACUGGGAUCCUGACCGAAACAAGUCUUUCUCUAUGGGACCCCGACUAAAGCACAUCUCUCUCAGCUGAGGAUUUGAUUUCAGCUCUUUUGAAAAAUACAUUUGAUCUUGACUGCAUUUCCACGAGUGGAGGUUAUACAGUUGUUUCGUGUGUUUUAACUGGUUUAAACUUUAUCUUAGAGGCAUGUUUCACUGUGACGAACAGCAGGGUUUUGUUCACUUCCCUGUAAGAGUUAACACCCAGACCCCCACACAGCGUAUAGAGAUUUUAGUCCCGGGUGUGUCUUGUGGCAGCCAUGUUUGCUCAGCAGUCCUGCUCUGUGACGGUUGGGUGGUGAUGGUGAUUCUCAACCAACGGAUCUGAAAUUGUUGGGCACACACCAAAGUAAGGGCUUUGCUAUUUUUAUUUUUUAUUUUUGAUUCCCCCCCCCUUUUUCUCCCAGUUGUACUUGGCCAAUUAUCCUAUUUUUUCUGAGCCAACCCGGUCACUGCUCCACCACCUCUGCUGAUCUGGGGAGUGCUGCCGACUACCACAUGCCUCCUCUGAUACACGUGGAGUCGCCAGCUGCUUCUUUUCACCUGACAGUGAGGAGUUUUGCCAGGGGGAUGUAGUGUGUGGGAGGAUCACGCUAUUCCCCCCAGUUCCCCCUCCCCCCCGAACAGGCGCCCCGACCGACCAGAAGAGGCAGUAGUGCAGCGACCAGGACACAUACCCACAUCCAGCUUCCCGCCCACAGACACGGCCAGAUGUGUCUGUCGGGACGCCCGACCAAGCCGGAUGUAACAAGGGGAUUCAAACCAGCGAUCCCCGUUUUGGUAGGCAACGGAAUAGACUGCUACGCUACCCGGACGCCCUAGGGUUUUGCUGUUUCUAGCCAACACUUUUCAGUUCAAGACCACGGAAAGGGCGACAACACGGUGUCCAAACUCUACAGCUCUGAGAUUAAUGAUGUUAAUAAGUAGGAUUUUGUUUUUAAUGUUUAUUGUUAGGAAUGCUUUUUUUUAAUAACAUUUUUUAGUGUUCGCAAACAUUGUAGAGCACUUCUUGCCAUGAACAACGUCAGAAAUGACAUCUUAUUUAAGCUAUAUGGUGAUGUUACACAGCCAACUCAGACAACUAAAAAAAAAAUCCUACUUUUUAGGGUUAGGAUUUUGUGUUGUGUUUGAAAUUGAUGCACAUGUAUUAUCCACUGUCACACUCUUAAUUUGUAGUUCAUUCCAUUUUUAUUUAUAAGUUUUUACUGUGUUGCUCUUUGUGUUAGUUCAUCGAAUACUAAGACAUGGUUAGUUGUAGUCUGUAGAUUUUCAACACCAGACACCUGUUACAGUGCCUCUGUAUUGACUCUUCGGUUAACCAAACAACAGGUUACUAGCGUUUUACACAUCCCUCAUCCCUGCCAUUCCUCUACUUACAGAAUAGUUGGAGGACUUUUAAACUAGCAGAACGUGUGUCACGGCUACUGGGUCCAUGCCACCCUGUUUUCCCUAUGUCUCCCUGUAUUCCUGCUUGGCGUGGGCAUGGUGCUCCUUCACUGUCUUCCUCCCUGCUCAUCCACACCCAUCUUCCAUCAAGCUCAUCUACCCCUGCGGUAUUUCUACCCCGGCUCUUCACCUACUCUUAGCCAGAUUGUUGUCCCAGCUACAGUUGGUAGUGAAAUGCUUCAGGCCUCUCUGAUUAUUUAGAAACUGUUCCUUGUGUCUUGACUAAGCUGUUUACCUUGCCUUUUCCUGCCUUGCUAAUUGCUGUCUCCUCUCCUGUGCCCAGGAUCUCCUCUGACCCGCUUGCUCGUCUGCCUGCCUGCCUAUUUGUCUCCCUGCUUGCUCAACAGCCCUCCAAACCCCCCACUCCACGAUUCCCCUUGCUCCAAUAAACCCAUUUCAUUCUUUUACCUUGUGUCUGUAUCUGCGUUUGGGUCCAUUUGGUAGAUUACGACAGAAUGAUCUGGCCACCAUGAACCCAACGGGUUCAGACAACAGGUUCAGAAGAGCUCCACAAAGCCCUGGCCUCACAGGGAACCCUCAUGAGUCAGCAUGACCAAGUUCUCGGCGAAGUGGUGGUUACGUUAAGGAACCUCUGGUCGAGAGCCAGCUCCCCUCGGCUCUCAACAAUCCCAGGCUACCUCUGGCAUCCCCGCAGCUGCUGAACCACUUGCCUCUAAGGCUUGCCUGCCCAGAGAGCCUCACGUUCCAGCACCAGAACGUUACGAUGGAGAUCUGGGAACGUGCAGGUUCUUUUUAAUCCAGUGCUCCCUUGUUUUUGAGCAACAGCCUCAAACAUACACCACCGAUAGGUCAAAGGUCACUUAUAUUAUGGGGUUGCUUACAGAGAAAGAUAGAUCUUGGGGGUCAGCAGUCUUGGAAAGCACAUCCUCCAUAAGUUCCUUGUAUGCCAACUUUGUUACAGAAAUGAAAAAGACUUUUGACCAUCCAGUGCAAGGCAGACAUGCAAGUAAGCACCUCUUUCUACUUCUUCAGGCCCCCCAUAGUGUAGUGGAGUCCUCAGUCGAGUUCAGGACUUUAGCGGCAGAGUCUGGUUGGAAUGAUGAAUUGCUUCCGGGAGCUUUCCUGAAUGAACUUAGCAACUCAGUUAAAGAUGAGUUAGCAGCCAGGAAUGAGUCUGCCAGCCUAGAUGAGUUAAUUUCCUGUCAGUUAAAUUAGACAAUUGUUUGCAGGAACACUGCCGUGAGCAAGCCAACUGUCAGCCAUCUUUAUUCUCUCCUUGCUCCACCACUCCGCUUCUCGCGAGAGGGAGCCCUGAUUUUCCCCAGCUCUCCUUGAAACCCUCAGCUCCACAACUCCAGUCUCCCCAGAAGAGGAGCCUAUGCAGUUGGGUCGGACCCGUCUCUCUCCAGCUGAAAGUCUCCAGAGGGUAAAAGCUGGAGUCUGCAUUUAUUAUGGCCAGGCCGGCCAUUUUCUAGCUUCCUGCCCCCUUUGGCAAAAAGAGGAGACUCAUCAGUAACAGCUGGGGUCCUGGUGAGCCAUUAGACCCUUUCCUCUUCUCCCUGGUCAUGGUUGCACUCAGAGGCCACUCCUUUUUUCUAAUUAAUGAUCUCUCCCAUUGCUUGUUUUAAUAGACUCUGGGGCCAGUGAAAACUUUAAUGAAUCUAACUUAAUAUCCUAAGCCGAGAUUGCGGUCGAACGGCUUCCUGUUCCCCUGGAUGCAAAUGUCUUGAAUGGGUGAUUCCUUGCCCGUAUAACCCAUUACACCAAACCGCCUGUUCUCUGGUAACCAUCAUGAAACCAUUCAAUUUCAUGUAAUCCCCUCCUCUCAUGCACCUAUGUUUCUUAACCAGCCAGCCCUGGUUGAGGAAAUACAAUCCCUAUAUUGACUGGUCUGCUAGCAAAGUGGCGAGUUGGAGCCCCUUCUGUUAUUCCUCCUCUCUUCAGUCUGUCUUUGCCCCAGCCGAUGCUGCUAUCUCCACACCAACACUCAACCUCCCUGAUCUGUCACCCAUCCCUUUCGUGUACCAUGACAUUGGGGAAGUGUUCAGUAAACAUCAUGCCUUGUCCCUGCCUUCUGAUCGCCCUUAUGAUUGCACCAUCAACCUCCUUUCCGAUGCUCCUCUGCUUCCAGUCGUCUGUACAACCUGUCCCAUCUGGAAAGAGAAGCCAUGGAAAAUACAUUUGCAACUCCUUAGCUGCUGGCAUCAUCGGGCCAUCCUCUCCUGUCAGUGCUGUUUUUUUAUUUGUCUCAAAGAAAGGCAAGACCCUUUGUCCAUGAAUUGGUUACUGUGGGCUUAAUAACAUAUAUAUCAAAAACAAGUGUCCCCUACCUCUGAUCAGUUCAGCCUUCAAGCAGCUACCAUCUUUACUGAACUGGACCUCAGGAACGCUUACCAUCUGGUUAGGAUUAGAGAAGGAGAUGAAUGGAAGACAGCUUUCAACACCCUCCUUGGCCACUUUGAAUACCGGCUAAUUCCCUUUGGACUCACAAAUGCCCUCGCCAUCUUCCAGGCCCUGGUAAACAUGUUCGUUGAGACCUUCUCAAUCGCUCCAUGUUUAUUUAACUCGAGGAUGUCCUCCUUUUUUUCCCCAUAACUUGGAGGAGCACACCAGGCAUGUGCUGCAAAGAUAUUUCAACUGUAAAUUAUCUAAGGCAGAAAAAAUGUGAAUUUCAUGUCACUUCAGUAGCAUUCCUAGGCUACAUUCUUGAGUGGGCAAGUUAGGACAGGCCCAGAAAAGAUCCUGACAGUGGCAGAGUGACCUGUCCUACAUCCAGCAGGCCAAACGCCUAAGCUCCUGUCAAGCUGGUGGGCAAAUGUUCUUUGGGUGGUUCAAUUUCAUCCUCCCAUACUGCCUAGGCACCAGAAACCUCAAACCUGAUGCCCUCUCUGACCAAUAUGUCCCCAGUGAGGCUCCUACUGAUGCAGACAUCAUCCUUCCCUCAUCAUGUGUGGUGGCCACGGUUAGUUGGAGGAUAGAAAGUGUCUUGUAAAACGGGCUCAGAGAACCGAACCAGACCCAGAAACCAGCCCUCCUCAUUGUGUCUUUGCAGCCAAGUCUGUCUAAGUGACACUUCUAGUGGCCUACAAUGACUACAGAUACCUGUGCCUUUGAGUCCACUUGCACUAUGUGUGCCCAGGGAAAAGCCACCCAUCAGCCACCUGCUCCAUCCUCUGCCCAUUCUAGGUCGGCUGUGGUCUCACAUCACUGUAGACUUUGUUACCGGACUGCCAUCUUCCCAAGGGAACUCUGGAAUACUUACCAUCAUUGACAGGUUCUCUAAGGCUUUGCACUUCAUGGCUCUGCCCAAACUUCCUACUGCUUUGGGGACUACGGACCUCCUGGUACGCCAUGUGUUCUACCUUCAUGGCAUCCCUUCAGACAUCAUUUCAGACAGAGGCCAAGUCUGGAAGGCCUUCUGUCAGGGCCUUGGAGCCUCAGUGGGCCUGACCUCUGGGUACCACUCCCAGACCAAUGGGCAGAUGGAAUGGCAGAAUCAAGACCUGGAGGCAGCAGUGCUCCAUGGUGUUACCGCCUGGAAUAACCUCUUCCUGGAGCACCCACCUGCCCUGGAUUGAGUACAUGCACAACUCCUUAGCCUGUGCUGCCAUAGAGAUGUCCCCAUUUGAAGGCUCCUUGGGUUACUUACCACCUCUGUUCCCAGCCCAGGAAGAGGAAAUCACCAUCCCCACCAUCCAGAGCCAUCUCUGCCGCUGCUGGAAGAUUUGGAGGGAUGCUUGCUCUGCCCUGCUCUAUUCAGUGGACCGCAACUGCCACUUCAUCGAUCUUGGCUACCAGCAAGGCCUGAGUGUCAGACUUUGCUCUAAAGACAUCCUUUUGAGGACUGACUCUAGGAAACUGUCCCCCCUGUUGUAUUGGCCAGUUUGAAAUUGACAGCCUAAUCAGUCCCUCCGUUGUUAGACUCAAUUUGCACCAGUCCAUGAGAAUCCAUCCCACCUUUCACAUUUCCCAACUUAAGCCUGUCUCCACCAGCCCUCUGUCGCCCCCCGCUACUGCCCUCUGCAUUAUUGACAACACCUAGCCUUUACCUUCAGCCCGUGUCUGCAUUUGGGUCUACUCAGUAGAUCACGACAACAUGUUUAUUUCAGUAAGGAACAUUUGCAGUGUCAGUUCACUCUAGAUGAAUGACAAACUUUUUUUUUGUUGCAUUGUGAUGUGACAGGUUUCUGGUGAAGAAUAGCAACUUAACUCAAGGUAGUAUUCGAUAUUUAAGAUACCAAGGUAUUCAUUUUAAAGUGUGUACCUUGUUUGCAGUGAAAUAGACUGAGAAAGAGAAUGAUUGUAAUUCUUCCGUACAGUGCCUUAAUAAGGAAGAUCAACCAUUGUCCCAGUACUUAGGCAUUUGAUAGCGUAACACAAUACAAUGUGCACUUACUGUUGUUCAAUAUUAUAUGAUUUAUACCAAUCUGUUUCUGCUGUACCCCAUUUUUUAUUUAUUUGCAUUGUCUCCUUAAACAAAGUCUAUAAGUGGCCAAAAAUGGCUACAGAGAGAGACCCGACUUCUACUUGUCAUUUUGCUGGAAUUUUUUAGGUCUGUCUGUCACGAACACCAGAUCACAUGAACCCAUUUCCUUUUGCAUCCAUACUUAUUAUGGAAAUGACUGUUAUCUGUCUGCUUUGUCUUUAUUUAUUGUAAUCUGAGUCUACAUUACCUCCUCCUGCUCUUCAUCUCCUCUCCUAGACCUGUCACAUAAGGCGUCCUGAAGUCAUCACUUAAAAAAAGUCACAUGUAUGGGUAAAGUGGAAGCAAGGUCAGACAGACUGUCAAGCAGAAAGCCAGAGAAAAUAAAAAACACUGCUCUCCUUUGGAAGAUGACAUUUGUACACAUCUAUAUAGCUGUUUGUGUCUGUCUGUCUGUAGCUGUCUCUCGUUUCUAUGUCUGUCUGCCUCACUGUUUGUCCUUCUCGCUGUCUAUCUAAACUAACUUAUCUCCCAAAUGUAUCUGUUUAAGUAAUUCUAGAUUGACCCCAUUUUAUUGCUGUUGUUCCCUGGUCAGGCUGAUUGCUUUGUUUGCAUGGGGGCUAUUUGCCAUUCAAAUCACUCCUGGCCACAACAGCAACAGCUGAUGCUGAUGAUGGAAGAACGGAGGAAAGCGGAAAGAAGGACUGAGGGGGUGAAUAGGGAGAGGAAGAGGGAGAGAUAUCAGGAUUUGUAUUUCCGUGUGUGUG